AUUACUUGUCAUCGUGUUAGCAAACGAUACGGUACAAAGUUCCCCGUUCUCUGUCUGAAAAAUCAGUGGGCAUUGUAAUAUUGCCAGUGUAUGCAAAUUAACCAUAGUGUGUCGUGAGAAUAAUAGAAAACAGAAAGGAAUCCAACAUUCUAUACGUAAAACUGCGAUAUUGCAAGAAUUGUUACACGCAUACAUACAUGGAUAAAAUGGAAACGUUCGACUCUGUCACAACUAAUAUACCUUGUGUCGUCGCUAGAUAAAGAACGAUUGAAAAUGGAAGUAGACCAGAAUAUAGUCCACGCCUUACCAGCAUUAAAGGUACCGAAUCUUUCACUAGGACAGUACAUAUAUCAACAACUACGCGAGUACGGUGACAACAUUAUUCAGGUAGAUAUUCAGACUGGUAAACAGUUUACGUACGACCAAGUUCUUGAAAAAAGUGUAAUAUUAGCUACCGUUUUGAAAAGCUAUGGGAUACAAGUGGAAGAUAGAGUUUCGAUCGCAAGUGAAAACCACCCUAAUUAUAUGAUAACCAUGUGUGCUACUUUAUUCACUGGGGCUACUUGGGCGCCGUUAAAUCCGGCAUACACUAAAAGAGAGUACAGACACAUGUUGGAUAUUUAUCAACCACGAAUCAUGUUCGUAACACACCGCACCGAGAAAAUUAUGAGAGAAAUUGCACCAACGUUGAGCUGGCCCAUGAAGUUGAUACAAGUGGAGGACGUGGCUCUCGAUGGACAGAUGGUCACGUUGAAAGAACUUUUGGAGAAACAGAAAAAUAUCGUAGAUCCUUACGCGUUUGAACCGGUACCGGUUGACGAUCAUGCAAAAAGAAUCGCGGUUAUUUUGGGAUCGAGUGGAACGACAGGGUUUCCGAAAGGUGUAAUGUUGUCGCAUCGAAAUUUAUUAACUUUCAUGUUCAAUACUAGAGUUCCAGAUCAUUUAGAUUGUCGACCGGGUGACCGAGUAAUACUCUUCUUGCCACUGUUCCAUGGCUACGCGUUUGGAUUAGCAAUUGUAUCGCUAAGUACCGGAGGAAUCGUAUACUUAAUGCGAAAUUUCGACCUCGUUGCGUUGUUAAAAGCCAUCGAUGAUUACAGAAUCACGCAUCUACCAUUGGUUCCUCCAAUCUUGAUAAUGCUGGCUAAACACCGAAUGGUGGAAAACUAUGAUUUUAGCAGCGUAAGAGAAUUAUUAUCUGGCGCAGCCCCUCUUCAACAGAGCAUAUGGGAAGAAGUGAGAAGACGCACGAAAAUGAAAUACAUUCGGAACGGUUACGGUAUGACGGAAUUAUCAAUAAUAUCGAAUUUGAGCGGCAGAAGGAGUACCGACAACACGGUUGGCGCUGCGAUACCGGGAUUCCAGUAUAAAAUAGUAGAUCCGAGCACAGGCAGGACUCUGGCAGUAAAGGAAGUCGGUGAAGUUUGCUUCAAGGGUGAACAAGUGAUGCUCGGCUAUUUCCAAAACCCUAAGGUCACCGCAGAAACGAUCGACAAAGACAGUUGGUGUCACACCGGUGAUCUAGGGUACCUGGACGAGAACGGGUUAUUGUACAUCACGGGUCGGAUAAAAGAAUUGAUCAAAUACAAAGGUUUCCAAGUUUCACCGUCCGAGAUCGAAGCUGUGAUAUUGUCGCAUCCGAGUGUUAAAGAGGUGGCGGUUGUGGGGAAACCUGACGAGAUGUGCGGAGAAAUACCAGUCGCGUUUGUCGUAAGGCAACCGGAUAGCAGCACGGUAUCGGCUAAAGAUAUUGUCGACUUCGCGAAUGGGAACCUGUCACCGCAGAAAUGGCUAAGAGGAGGUGUUAAUUUCAUCGAAAAUAUUCCUAAAACUCUGUCUGGAAAGAUUCUGCGACGAGAAUUGAUCACCAUAAUUCCGAAACUUUAAACGAAAAUUUUCUAUUCGUAUCGAAUGUUGUUGGUAAAAAUGGGAUGGAGGACAGUUACAUAUCGUUUGAAAAUAAAUGAAUACCGAAUA